AUGGAGCUGGUUUGUAAGGUGGUCUUACUUUUUCUUUUCUUUUCUCCUGGCUGUGGGACAGAGUGGGAAUUUGCUCAGACUGUUACUGCAAUUGCUAGUCCUCUAACCAGCGAGUUUGUGAGUCCUUUGAAUUUUCAAAAGAAAUUCAUAGAAAAACAGGGUCCUGGUAAUGAAACGGUUGAUGCUGAUGUACACUCUUAUUUGUGUGAUCAGCCUUAUGUGGCUUUCCUGCCACAGUACCUCUCCUACCUGCAUGCAAAUGGUGUGACACAUUAUAAAAUCUUUAUGCCAUGGAUACACGUUCUUCCAGAGGGGAAUUUCAGGACUCCAAAUGAGACUAAAGUGCAAUGUUAUAGACAACUUCUGAUGGCUAUUAGUGCUGCAAGCAUUAAGCCAGUGGUUAUUCUGCAUCACAAGAAUUUACCUGGUGUCAUCAUCACCCGGUCCAUGGUGAAGACGAGCACCUUUGUGGACCUCUUCGUGGAAUAUGCUGAGUUUAAUUUCCGUUCUUUCGGCGACUUGGUUGACAUGUGGCUGACCUUCAGUCACCUACCUGAGGUCCUUCAGAGCUUGCCUUAUGACGACCCCUCAUCCUCUCUCCAGGCUCUAGUUGCCGCUCAUGAAAGAACAUAUAUGCUCUACCGUGAAAAAUACUCUUCAACAGGUAAAGAGAGCCCAAAUGGGGAUUGUCGCAUGUACAUUUCCUAAAGGUUUGGAGAUGAUUAAACUUAUC